UGAUUUAUGGGAUGAAAUAUUUCUUUUUUUUCAAUUUCGUUUAGAAUCUUAUUAUUGAUUAUUAAUUUCUUAUAUAGAGAGAAAUCCGGCCCUUUUUCUUAAAAUGAUUAACAUGUUGUUGCUAUUUGCUUAUUUUGUACACAGCAUGUGAGCAUAUUCGCCACAUUUAUCUCAAUAAAUCCUAGCUUUAAUCUUAGUGCGUUUAGUUGCGUUUAAUGUUUGGUUGUGUUUGUGCGUUUAGCUCUUCAUCGACAAAGACAUUCUGUCCUACUUUAUCCUGGAAGUAUCCGUUUAUUAUACUUAGGCAUAAGCAGUUCUUCUUUAUUGAAUACUUGGUUCAGAUUGUUUGGGAAUGUUUUGAUAACCAUUUUUUAAAGAUUUUUCUAUUUUAAGAAUGUUAUAACUCUCAAACGUUUCAAGGAUGGAGAUUAGAGAAUACUGUUUAUAGAUUCUUCCUCAAUUUUAAAUUACUUUAUUCAGCUGUACUUGUUUUACUGUCGUCCAGUGAGAGUUAUGUUUAAUUAUUUAAAGAUUAUUGUUUGGUUGACAUCAGCAAUAUCUUAUAAGAGGCGAAUGAGGCCAAUUGGUUCAAAGUCUCUAUAAAAAUAAAGAAAAAAAAACGAUAUCUUAUUGUCCAGACGCUUCAACUUUCUAGUAUCACCACUGGUUGGAUCUACCCGUUUCUUAGUAUAUUACGACAUGAUAACAUUGUACUGUAUUCUACGAAAAGAAGAAUGCUUCAUAAGAAAAAAAAAAUACUUGUGCAUCGUAAAUAUUUGUGAAAAAAAUAUCAAACUACUGUUUAAAGCCUUUCGACACUCUUAUUCCGAUCUAGUUUAGAACUAUUCUCUCCCUCUCCAGAUCGUUUUGUUUUUCCAGAUGGCUCAUCUACUCGAGUGUAUUAAGAUGAAAGAACUUUCAUCCUCUUCGAAUCAACAUAAAACCAUUAUUUAUAAACAUAACUCUCAGGCCAAUCUUUUACCACGCUCGGCAUAAUGAAUCAUAGCGCAAAGUGUUCGACACACCACUCGUUCAGUGUGAAAUUUCUUAUCGUAAUGGAAGCAAGCCGCACACAAACAUGUGGCUUGUGUGGUUAAAAGAGUCACAAAAGAGCAUGGAUUAACACUACAUCUUACCAUCGAAUCUCACGAAACAUGUCGAUCCUGUCUCACCAUAUUAACCUACCAAAAAACGCACACACACACAUGCACACGUUCACACUCUCACACUCUCUCUAAAUCAAAUAUGCAAACACAAAAGACCGCACCUUACCCUUCCGGCGGCCCUUUUGGGAGCAAUAGAAAAGGAGGAGCAGGGAGAACCUUUUUUAUUAAUGUUGCGCCUGCUUUCCGCCUUUUUUCGCCCAAUUCGGCCAAACAACCCAUUAGAACAGCCCAUUAAGUUCGAACCGUACCAGCGGCCACUGGCAGUUGUGGUGCCAGUGGUACAGUUCGAUUGUUCCUUUGAUGGUAAUGGCGCUGCCAGUGACACUCUCCAUACCCGGAGCAAGUUGCGAUCGCGCAACCCUUUCGAACGCGAUUGCGGGAUGGGCUGCGUCGUGCGUGCGCUGCAUUUACAAUUGCAAUCGCGUUCUUGCCUACGCACCAGCACCAGGGUAGAAAACCACGCAUGGGGAGGGAAGCGUACAGCGGCAGAAGAAAACAUAUUUGUUUUCGUUGCUCUCCAGCACACACUUCAACGCAGGACGGCACGGCUGCAAACACACAGUCUUGGAAGAUCUUUCACCCUUGCUGCGAUUCUGUUUCCCUUCGGACGAACAAGGCGAGCGAGCGAAGGGAACAAGGCAAACAGCAGACGAAUGCGUCAAAGAUUAUAUUUUUAGUCACUCUCUGCCGCUUUGCGUGUGAGUGUAUGUGCUCAUUAUUCUGCUCCGUGCGGAAGAAGCAGCACGCGCAAACUGUAGGCAAACGACGCAGGCGGCACAAACGGCACCAGCAUUCUGAUAAGUUCGUCUUCGCGCCCGCACCGCGGAGUCCGCGCGUUUUCGUUCGACGGUAAACGUCCGGUUGCAUUGCCCGUCCGGUGUCCGCCCAGAGCAGAAUAAAUCAUUCGCCCCCUCCGGGACUACAGGGGCGACAAAUUUCGACGAUCCAUCGAUCGAUUGGAAGUGCGGGCGUUCAAGACGGGGAGGUCCGGAAAUCGGUGUACAGGAAGCAGACCGUAGGCUGUACAAUCUGUGAAAGCCGAUACUCGAUCGCGAGUGAUCCCGUCAGUCUGCUGACGGGCGGGACCGGUACAGGACGUAUUCGUUUUUCGGUGGCUUUUGAACUCACUCAUUCUUACCUCUCUCCAAACGGUGUGGAGAGAUUGCCAAGAGUGUUUGCUCUAGUGGAUUUAAAACCGCUCGAAACAUCUAGCAAAAACGAUGCUUUAUCUAAAGAUUAUAGUGACCGGAGCUGCUCUGUUGGUGGUCAUCCUGUCAACCGCAACCGUUGAUGCUGCCUGCUCGAAAACGAAUGUAAAAACGCGAGUAGAGAUCAAGAAUGGUAAGCGCGUGACGGUGAUCGAUCAACCAUGCUGCAAGGGCUACAAACGGGUGAAGCUGCGCUGCGUACCGAUCUGUUCACUGCCCUGUGAAAACUCCAAAUGCACUGCACCGGAUGUCUGCACCUGCAAUCCUGGCUACGAGCGGCUGUCGAACCAUCGAUGCAUUCCACACUGCGACGAUUGUGAUAAUGGAAUCUGCACGAAGCCUGGGUACUGCCAGUGCCAUACGGGCUACACCCGUUCCGACAAUGGCACGUGCGUGCCGGAGUGUAACAACUGCGUGAACGGGUUCUGUUCCCUACCAGACGCGUGCCAGUGCUAUGAAGGGUACCAGCUUCAGGAACGUGAUGACGCCUCACGCUACUGUCAACCGGUCUGUGAGGGAGGCUGUCUACAUGGACAAUGUGUCGCUCCGGAUGAGUGUCUCUGUGGGGAUGGAUACACCUUAUCACCGUUCGGAGAGUGUGUUCGGCCAACCACACCACCUCCGCGCUGUCCGGAAGGAUACGUGGACGAUGGCAUUGGCUGUAGUCCGAUCUGUUCCGAACCGUGUCGGAAUGGAACGUGCGUUGGGCCGGAUGAGUGUGAAUGCUUUCCAGGACAUUCGUCCGAAAAUUCGACCUCCCCGUUCGUGUGUCAACCGGUGUGCAAUGGAAGCUGUGCGAAUGGUGAUUGCAUUGCGCCCGGGGUCUGCAUCUGUCACGCACAGUACGGCAAGAUUGGGGACGAGUGUAUACCGCUGUGUGACCGGUGCUCUCUCGGGCAUUGUGUGCAGCCGAAUGUGUGCGUUUGUGAUCGGGGCUACCGGUUGAUCGAUGGUGACUGUGAACCGAUCUGCGAGACGGAGUGCAUCAAUGCGAUCUGCACUGGGCCGAAUGCGUGCACCUGCCUGCCGGGGUACAACUAUACGGACAUUAAUGCACUGUUCGACUGUUUGCCGGUGUGUGAUGAGGAGUGCAUCAAUGGGCGGUGUGUGGCACCGCAGCGAUGUGAGUGCAAUGAAGGAUACAUACGGGACGAGGAGAACGCCUGCAUCCACCCGGACGACCUGUGCCGGAUGAAGUGCACCAACGGACAGUGCCACGGUGCCGAAUGUGUCUGCGAUGCCGGCUACAUAAAGCAUCCCACCGAUGGGCAUUGCGAGAAAACCUGCCCGAACGGUUGUACGAACGGCGAUUGCAACGGAGGCGAGUGCUUCUGUCACGAAGGCUUCCGUCUGUCGCUGGACAAUGUGUCCGUGUGUGAACCGAUCUGUGGUGAAGAUUACGAUUACAGCAGUGCCGGUUGCAUCAAUGGCCGGUGCAUUCGACCGAACGUGUGCCAGUGUGAUGAAGGAUACGAGUUUGUCGAUGCUAAUCAGACGCGCUGCGAAUCGGUGGAAGAGAUCGCUCGCCAACGGUUGGCCCAGGAACGGAUGGCAGAAUGCCGGCGCAGCUGUCGGAAUGGUAAAUGCCGUGCGGGCGAGUGUCGGUGCAACGAAGGGUAUGCUCAGCCGGAAGGAAACACGCUCAGCUGUAAGGCGGUAUGUGUGGAACCGUGUCGGAACGGGACCUGCGUGCGACCGGACCAAUGUGAAUGUAAGCCUGGAUUUGUGUUUGUCGAGGGAAGCUCAAGCCACUGUAGAUCGGAGGAAGACCUGGCGAGGGAAGCGUACGAGCGGUGUACGGGGCGCUGUCGAAAUGGCGUUUGUCACGGUGACCAAUGCUUCUGUAUGCUGGGUUAUACGCCGUCCGAUCUCGAUCCUUACGACUGUCAGCCGGUUUGUGAGCGACCGUGUGUCAAUGGAACGUGCGCCGGAAACGAUCGGUGCCAUUGCUGGGACGGUUACGGAAAGACGGGAGAGGACGAUCAUGCUUGUGAACCGAUCUGUACGUCCGAAUGUGUCAAUGCAGAUUGUGUCGCUCCGGACCAGUGCGCAUGUCGCGCCGGGUACAUUCCUUUGGGAGAGGGCAGCAGCACCUGUGUGAAGGAGGAAACUCCCGAGGAACGAUCAGCACGGCUCCGACAGGUGGCCUGCGAACGAGAAUGCACCAACGGUUGGUGCGAACAGGGCGAAUGUCGCUGUGUGGAAGGGUUCUAUCACGAAAACGGUAACACGUUGCGCUGUGAGCCGUACUGUGCGCAAUCGUGUGAGAUGGGCCGCUGUAUCGGAAAUGAUACGUGUGAGUGUCUCGCACGCCACGAGCUCGUCGAGCGGUACGUCUGUGGGCCAGUCUGUAGUGAAGAGUGCGUAAGAGGGUACUGCGCAGCGCCGGAUGUUUGUCGCUGUCACGAUGGGUACGCAAUGGUGAACGGGUCCAGUAAUGCGUGCGAACCGGUCUGUGGUGAGGACGGCUGCAUCAAUGGUGUUUGCGUGGGGCCAAAUGAGUGCAUCUGUCUUGAUGGGUACUAUCCGGAUCAGGACGACCCGUUACUGUGUCAUCGAGAGAUCAGCGUUAUUCAACAACUGCACGAACCAAGUCACAGCAGUUCCGGUGGCGAGUACUACAAGAUGUCCUACAUCCACUACUUCAUCCCGGUGAUCGCGUCCGUCGCACUGAUCGUGGCAGUGCUGAUCGUGAAGAUGAUCGUGCGCAACCGCCAGAAGGACUAUCACGUCGGCAAGCUCGGUAAUGCAGAGCGCGCGGGGCGCAAGUCGGGGCGGGCGAACAGACGCAAGGGGCAGUCAAACCGUACCACCGAUUAUAACGAUUACAAUCUGGUCGUUCUCUUCCCUACAGAGAGCAAGGAAAACUGUGUCUACUUCAUGCCGAAGCCGGACUCCAAGACGAACGAGCUGACCAAAUUGAAUCUCGAAAUUGAAACCAUCUGAACCCACCUAAAAUAUUCGUAAAACCUCCUUUUUUUGCUCAAACACACACGCACAAACACACACACACAUAGCUGGGACACUUUCCUUGGACGGCGAGACACGCAUCGGUUUUCCAGUUUUGUUUGCCUCUGUAAAUAUGUGCCACCCCAUGUCGCUUCCUAGGAAGUGGCUGCAAUCUCUUUUAGCAUUUAGAACGAACUGGAGCGGUUAGCGAAAUUAGUGAUAAGAAUGCGUAUGCUUGGGGAGGAAAUAAAUCGAACCUUUUCUAAUGGCUCACACACAAACAAAAAAAAGAAAAUUUAAUGUGAGCGUUAUCACUGCAUGGUUUAAAUCGAGACAAAACAAUUGUAAGAUUAUUUAGGAUGAGUUUUUUGUUUGUUUUUAUUCUGUUCCGUUCACCGUAAGUUUAAUAAAUAAUCCUAGUAACUCACCACCCCAGCGCCCUGCGGUGAUCAAUCGGUCA